UAUUUCCUUUAUCGUGAAACAACUGUCAUGAAGAAUGAAAUGUGCACGUUGCAAUGAGAGGCCACCAACACUAAGGCGAUGUGCAAGCAGACUUCCGUAUUGUAGACAAUGUUUCAUCAAUGAGUUUGAAAAGGAGGUGUACGACUUGAUUGAGGAACAUAAACUUAUAGUUGACGGAGAUGUUGUUUGUAUUGGGGUAUCCGGUGGCAAAGAUUCCUCAGUUCUUGCCCAUGUGCUGGCUACCCUAAAAGAAAGAUACCAUCGCAAAUGGACUCUUUAUCUAUUGGCUGCCGAUGAAGGCAUCAAAGGCUACAGAGAUGAUUCUUUGGGCGUAGUCAUGGGUAUGAGUAACCCUAAUUAUGAUGGGUUGAAAAUACUAAAUUUUAAAGAAAGAUUUGGAUUUGAUAUGGAUGAAGUAGUAUCGUUAAUUGGGCAGAAAAACAACUGUACUGUCUGUGGUACUUUUCGACGUCAAAUAUUGGAGAUUGGCGCGAGGAUGCUUGGCGCCAACAAGCUGUGCACUGGACACAAUAUAGACGAUAAUGCUGAAACCGUUCUUCUCAACAUAUGCAGAAACGAUUUGUUCAAAUUGGCAAGGAACCUAAACAGUCUGGAUUCAGUGGGUAGUACUGCCAAAAUGGGUGACAAAUCUACUGCCGACUUACGUGAGGUUACUGCAUCUACGACAUCAGGUAUGCAUAUUAAUAAUGAAGCAACACAUAUUCGUAAUGUUAUUAUGUUGGCUUAUUUGCUCGUAUCGCGAGGCUAUCUCAGUGGGGAGACAAGUCUGGAAUAAAAAUCUGUUAAGUUCGACACAUA